AUGGUGGUGAUCAACGUCGGUCCGGACCCGCCUACAUCAUGUAUCCUAUACCAGACCGACGAUGCCAGCACCCUCGUCGUCGACAUCCCACGAUCCAUUGAGGAGAGUCAGGUGCCCCCAGGACAUGUACAUUCGCCGGCCAGACGCCUGGUGUCCGUCCAGCCGCCGUCGGUGCCGUACGAUACGCCGGAGCCCCGUACGCCCUCUGCACUCCAGUUCAACAAGUUGCCUGCUACCCAGGUAGCGGAAUUGAUGACGGCCGCAGCAGUCCAGAGCGCCCUGGCGGAUCUGGGCUCGUCAUAUUCCGGGCCUCUCUGUCUCCCGCGCGUCGUCGGCAGCCGUGACUAUCCGUCUCUACCCGCCGCUACUGACGGAGGUGGUGAACAACCACAGCCCUUCAUGCCAGAGGGGGCAGUCGCUCUGCAUGGUCCGCUAGAGCAGCUCAACCAACAGGUCCGCGAUGAGGCACCCCGGUUCGAUCUCGUGGUCCUCGACCCACCAUGGCCCAACCGGUCUGCACGCCGCCGGAGAGGCACCGGCACAGACACGGGCGGGCCCGGCUACUCGACAGUGCGAGACCUCUCAGCCAUGCGUCGCUUGCUGCUCGACCACGUGCCUGUGCCCUCGCACCUGAGGGGCAACGGCCUCGUCGCCGUCUGGAUCACCAACAAGGCCAGCGUCCUCGACUUUGUCACAGCUCCCUCAACGGGACUGCUCGCCUCGUGGGAGCUCGAGCUUGUCACCGAGUGGACGUGGCUCAAAGUGACGACUAGAGGCGAGCCCGUGUAUCCCGUCGACUCGGCCUGGCGGAAGCCGUGGGAGAAGCUGUUGAUUGCUAAGCGUAGGGGUGCCCCUACGCCCGCGGGGCUCGGCCCUAGGACCAUUGUUGCCGUCCCUGAUGUGCAUUCCCGAAAGCCCAACCUGCGGCACCUGUUUUCCCACGUCCUGCAACAGCGUGACCUUGUCGGCCUGGACGUCUUUGCCCGUAACCUGACGGCUGGGUGGUGGUGCUGGGGCGACGAUGUUUUGCAGUUCCAGCAGGCCCAUCAUUGGAAAGUUGACGUGUAA